AUGCAUAAUUCAGAAUCGUCGAUGAAUGAAAUUGAAAUACCUAGUCCUAUGAGAUAGAGCGACUCGCAACUCCAAUCAGAAAGCGAUGAUUUACUAAUGCAAAGAGAUUCGUACCCAAAAAUUCAAAAAGCAGACUCUCACGAAUCUCUAAUUUCAGAACAUCACAUUUAACCAAAAAAAUACAGAAAAAUAGUUUAAGCCUUAGACAUAAUUGGAAUGCUUGGAUUAUUAACUUAUUGCAUUUUGAUACAGUCCUAUUACUCAACAUUUUACUUGAUAUGCUUACUCCUCAUAUUGAAUUACUCAUACAUCAGUAGUUACAAAGGUGUUCAAGUUAAAGAUGGGAAACUGUAUACAUUGACUGAAUUUGCAUCCUAAUAAGAAUAGUUUCAUAAUACCAAUUAAAAUUAAGAGCAAUUUGAAAAUACAUUCAUAACCCAAUAUUGGUUGGUUCUUAAUGAUUUUAAGAAACCCAUUUGGUAAAGUUUUGUUGUCGUUUCUGCAUUCUCUUUAAUUGUUAAGCUUGUGCUGUAUCCCAUAGCAAAAAAUGGAGGUUAUAAUAUGAUGUCAAUUGACAAUUUCAGUGGACUAGAAGUCUAUUUCACAGUUAUCAAAGGCAAAGUCACUGUUUCCUCUGCAGAACAAGGUCUAGCAUUUGCACCCAAUUGCAUAAUGUUGGCUUUGGCCAUCGUCAUUCUCACUUUCAGGAAUGUACAAAUGAAGCAAGAAUUCCAUGAAUUAAAGGAUAGUCCGAUAUUGACCAAAUUUUUUAUUUUAGCUAUUGAUGCUGCUUAAUCUAAUUGUUUUGACUUGUUGUACCAAAUCUUUGAUUGGCCUUAUAAUGUGGGGGUUUUAAUUAAUAUUGCUGUUGAGAAUGUAUUAGAAUCAAUUAUUGUACUCAUGGUAAUAUUAGUGGUUAUGUAUUUCAUCAGUACACCAAUAAAGAAGGUUAUUCUUUAAAAUAAUUAAGCAGCAUCAUUCACUUUAUAGUUUACUGGGUUUUAGUUAUUUGGAUACUUUUCGAAUUAUGAAGCCCAAGCCAUUCUAUUUAUUAUCUUCUCGAUUUUUGUACUAAAUAUGCUUUGCAUCGUUAGCGAAAAGAUUAAGACACAGAGUCUCAAAGAUCAGUUUAAUCACACCAUUGGUGAAAUCUCCUAAUAAUAUGAAGAUUUUAAAUAAUUUGAAGUCUUGAUUAAAAGCUAAAUGGACAACAUUUCAGUAGACAUCAAUAAUUCCCCUAAAUUAAAGAAAAAAGGUGGAGAAGAUGAGCUAUCAGAUUUUGAAGAAGAGAAGGAUAUUUCAGAUCAAAAUUGUGAUGAAUAGGGUAAAUCAAAGGACAACCCUAAACCAAAUAGAAUUUCUGAGUUCUUCCUGGAUUAAUAAGCUAAUACUUCAAUUUAUUUUCAUAAAAUAGAAAAAGCUUGGUAUGAUUCUUUGGAAAACAUAAAAAAUACCAUUGAUAAGCCACUAGUUUCAUUAAUUGUUUUACAAAUCUUGUCACUAUGCAUAGUCAUCCUCCAAUAGACCUAUUUUUCCAUUUUGUUGGUGUGUUGGCUUAUUUUAACAGGGUUUACAUUAAAUUUUAGGAUAAUUCGAAUUGCUACAAUAUUUUGUAAUAUUCCUUCAUUAUUGAUCAAUUUUUUUACUUUCUAUUACAGCAACAUAACUGGAUUAGAUCGACCUAAUAAUUUCUAUUAAUUUUGUCCUUCCAGUGAAUACAAAGCUUUAGAUGAGUUACCAACAACAGUUUGUUAAAAACUCGGAUUCUUUUAUUAGGAUAGUUCAGCUGUUAAUUCAAUUUUGAUGAAUUGUACUUUGUGUUUAUUUUUUUUGUUCAUCAAAUAAAUAGAAGAGCAGGAGGAAAAAGAAAAAUAACUUCAAUUUAAAUCUAAUUAAAUAGAAGAAAUGCCUAGAUGGUUUAACAUUUUCUUAGCAUUUUUCUUCAGAAUUGACUUUUUAAUCAUAAUAAUAUUGUUAUAUUGGGUUGGAUUUAAUGAAAUAAAUAUCAUUUCGUUUAUUAUGAUUCUCCUUUUGAUAAUUUUUAUUGUUAAUUAGUCAAGCAAAUGCGAUUAUAGGGGGAAACGAAUACCUUUUCAACAAAAAUAUUGGAUAAUUCUCUUGGUUUAUAUGAGUUUCCUGACUUUUAUAAAAUAUCUCUACAUAUUAUUUGGAGUUUAGUAGAGUUAUUUUGUAGUCUAAAUAAUUGGCCUAAAUAUGCUCAAUAAGUAAUUAGUGUUGAAUUGGUUAUUGUUUUAUCUGACGAUAAUUCAAUAUUAUGGAUUUAAUACUGCUAUAUAUGAUCAAUAUUCAAAUAGAUUAAUAGCCACUAUCUCCUAAGUUGAAAGUGUGAAGGGCAAUCUCCCUAAUUUCAGAUAUCAUUUUGGAAUUUUGGAAACAAUGUAUGGCCAUUCAUUGAUAUGGGCAGCCUAUGUAGUCAAUAUCUGUUUCUUAUUAUUCACUCCCUACAGCUAUCUAAAUAAUUUAUUACUCCUUUAUAUAGGCAUCGUAUUCUUGUAUCAUGUGAAGUCAAUAAAUUCUUAAAUCAAUUACAUCAGAUUAAGAACCUUGUGGUACAUUUACAUGUAUUUUCUGCUGAUCGCUUUUUCAUAUAGAUAUCUAUUUUCAUUUUUUUGUGUUCCAGAUUUGGAUAAUAAAUCAAAACUAUUUUAAAAAUUCUAUGACAAUCUCUAAUUAUAUUAUUAGGAAGCUGGUCUUUAUGCCUAUUCUACAGAUAAUUUAAGAAUGGAAUAUUUGGCUGACACAUUAAACAUCUUGUUUGGUGCAUUUGCGUUGAAUUAAUUGACAAAAUUUAAGAAUUUACAAAUAAGCCAACAUAAUAAAAAUUUGGGUGAAUCUAGUUCAUAGAAUGUUCUAGAUUUGAAGAUAUUAGAUUAAUAUCAAUGGCUUAAAUAUAUUUUGAUUGGAAUUGCUCAUCUAAAUACUGAUUUAAUUACAAUAUACAUAGUCAUUUCAUGUGUUCUUUAUCUAAGAUCAAUAGCUGCAUUUAUAUUGUUAACCUUAUAUCUAAGUUAUUUCUAUCGAGUGCAUAAUACCAUUUUGGAUAUGCUAGAACAGAAAAAAAGCUUGACAAAACUCCAAACAUAAAUUUAUCUAUUGAAGCAAUUGUAUCUAUAGUUCGCUUCAGAUAUAUCUCAUAUAGAUGAACCUAAAAAAAUUAGCAGAUUGAAUGAUGAAAUUAAAUUGUUACGUUUAACAACUAGAAUCAAACUGAAAAGAAAGAUUUGGUUAUAUUCCUUUUAUUUCACUGCCUUUUGUAUUUUCCUCUCUUAUUUAUCUUAAUUUUUAUCAACUGAAUCGUUUACAGAAAAUAUCAAAUCUCCAUUGUGGGUUGAUUACACAGUGCUUAGCUUUUUUAUUUUUGGAACAUAUUCAAGAUAAUAUGUAAUUACAAAUUCAUGCUACUGUGGUUAUGAAUCAAAUAACAAUGAUUGUUAAGACACUGAUUAUGUUCAAACUGAAUCAAAUAUGUGGUAGGUUUCAUGGUUUUAUUUGUUUCUAUUGUUUGUUAAUGUUAUUGAUACUGCUUGCACAAAGAUUUUAGAAGAUGAUUUAACUAAAAGUAUAGAAAAUCUACAAGAAACUUAGGAAAUGAAUAAAAUUAAGGAAUCAAGGAUUCAAAAUUAAUCUUAUGAAGAGAGCAAAGAAACAUUUGAUAAAAAAUACGAUUUUGUUGUUUUUGUUAAAAGUCAUAGUUAAUACAAUUCAUUUGACAGAGAAGUGAUAAUUUUGAAUUACUUUACAAAUAAAAGUAGAUUUGUGAAGAUUUUACUCAAUGAAUCAUUAUUCAAAAUAUUUUAAAGAUUCCUUAUUUUACUUUACCUAUCAAAUACUUUGCUUGUUAAUACUAUAUUUUCAUUAUUCUACUUGACCAUAUCUGUUAUUUUGUUUUAAAUGAGUGCUACAGUCAAAAAUACUAAAAUGUUAAAUUCUAUAGCAAUAUUCUCAAUCCUAUUUUAGUAUUUCCUUUACCUAUUGAAUUGGACACCUUCAGAGAAUGAUAUUCCUGAGUUCGACAAUUUUACUCUCUUGCCUUAAGAUUUUAACAUUAUGGCUAAAACAAACUUAUCUGAUUAUUGGUUGGCCUUCUUAGGUUUUGAAAGCACAGAAAUCAUGGAUUGUGAAUAACUCAAAUAAAGUGUUUUUUCUAAUAUGAAGUGUGAGACUAAUCAAUUGCUAAACAUUGUCAUCGUGUUCAAUUGUCUCAUAGUGUCCUUUAUUUACCUGUAUUUUUUAAUGUUGGAAUGGUUUUGUAAUCAAAUUUUUAAGCAAUCUAUUAAAAUGAAGAAUGAAUUUAUACUUUGCAAGAAAGUACUCAGUAAUCACAGAGACAGUCAGAUUAUUAUUACUUAUAACUUAUGGAGACAGAAGAAUUAUAGUUUUAGACAUGUAUUGAUACAAACAAUUACUAUGAAUUAUCAUUUGAUUCUCUUUGGAUUUGUAUUGUUAUUGUGUGAAAUGAAUAGAUCCAUAUUUAAUCUUCUUCAAUUACUUAUAGUUAUUGGGUUUUUAUAUGCUGCUGAAUUCCAUUUUCAAUGGCCAUAUGCUUAUACUGAAAGAAGAAAAAUUAAAGCCUUCUAUCAGGCAAUAUUCACCUUGUCUGCUGUUAUCAUUGCUUUAUUUACAUUUUUGAAGGUUCCAACCUUUUUGGAAUAAUGUGUUAAUGCUUCCUAAGUGAGAGUGGAUGAAGGGAGUGGUUUGGAGUUUUAUUGCAUGGAGGCAUUUAACUUAAAGAUAGACGGACAGAUAUUCCUAAUCUUUUUUAUCUCUUUGUAUUUUGAUUUAUAGAUAUCGAGUCACAUGAGAACUACUUAAGACAACUACUAAUCUAAAUUAACUUUAAGAGCAAGGAUGGUUUCAAGAGGUCUUGCUUACAAUUACAAUUACAUAUAAUACAAGAAAAUAUUGCAAUUAUAGGAAGAGAAAAACCUCUUAAAUCAAAUAUCGGAUACGAUUGAAUAGAAGAUGAUAAUUUGGAAGAGAAGAGUUAGGGAAAUAUAGAUGAAAUAAUUGGUAAAAGAAAAGUCACUUACCAUUCAAUAAUAAUAAUAAUAUCCUUAAUUGACCGCUAGCUUCAUGACUGAACCAGAUGUUUAAAUACCGGAUCAUUAAUCAUUUUUUCGGAAAGUAUACAUAAAAAUGAUAAUUUGGAUGAGAAAUGAUAAUUAAUCCAUCAAAUUUAUGCCAUUUCACAUUUUGAUGGAUUACAUACUUUAAUAGAAUAAAAGAUUGUAAAGACACAUUUUCAUAACAAUUGAGAAUCAUCUCAUGAAUGAAACUAAAACUUAUGAAGAUGAGAUGAGAUCUCUUGAGAAAAUAUAUAGAAGAUUUUAUCAGGAAAUUGGUAAAAAUAAAGAUAAACUAAAUGAAAUGAUUUUGGAUAAGACUAUUCAAAAAGCCAUGGAGAAGUAUAAGAAAUUAUAUAAACCUUUUAAGGGAUAACAAUAUAAUAAAUAUAUUAACUAGUAGUAGUUAAACUACUAGUUAAGUAAGGAACUUAGAUUUGUUCACAUUAUUGAUGAAUAGGAGAGAAUAGUUUUGGAGUAAACCAAAUAGAAAUAUCCAAUCAAUAAAUUAAUAUCAAUGAAAACAAUCAACCUAUUUAGUUUAUUUCUCCAGGAUCUAUUUAAAUAUUGCAUUAUCAAUUGGGAUACAAUAACAAAUAUCAUUAUUAUUUGUUAUUAUUUCAAGAACUAUGCUCUCUUUGGCAUGCUCUUGCCGAUAACCAUGUUUGUUUGGGGAUUAAUAGAUGUAAACUCUAAGAUAUUUUGGAUGAUUUCCUACUCAUUAUACUUCUUUAUCAUUUUAAUGAUAUUUGUAGACUCAAUGUAUGGAGUGGUAUACAAUAAGUCAGAUUAACCUAAAUAGUAUGUUCCAUGGUAUUACGUUUUAGAUAACAGCAAUACUUUUGGUUUGUUUUAUGAGAUAUUUACAAUUUGGUUGAUUACAUUCUAGGUAUUCUUGUAAAAGUCCUUUGGUAUUUUUGAUUAUCCAUUCACAUUAAUCGAAAAUAUCUUUUAAGGCUACAUCAGAUUAAAACUCAACAAUUUUAAUAAAGAUAUGGUAGAAGAGAUAGUGUAAGAAUCAGAAAUAUAAAGAUCGAGAUCUAAGUCAGAAAUUGGUAGAAUGGAGAAUCCAGAAAUCGAGAGAAUUGAAGUAGAAAAUUAAUUAUAGGGAAGAUCUUUUUUGGAGAAGUCAGGAUUGGAAGUUGAACCUGAGAGUAUAAUGUUAUAAAUUGGAAAUGAUUUAGAAAGAAAAAUUGCAGCAAAUCCUGAAAUCAUAAGUGAUAAAUACAAACCAGGAUUUUUCGAGAAGAUAAUGUCUUAUGAGUAUGCAAGACCAGGAGUAGAUCUUUAUUUAUCUAUUGCUUCUAUUUAAGUAAUCUUAUUUUUGUAUAUGUUAUUCUUUUUCAAUUUUAUGACUGGAGAAUCAUAAAAUAUUGAAGGGUAUUUAAAGUAUAAUGAAGUACCAGCUUAAUUAGUAUUGGCAUUAGUAUUUUAAAUGUUAUUUAUGAUGGUUGAGAGAUAUAUUGAAUUAAGAGGAGACUAAAAGUAUAUUAAUUCUCAAGAAAGAGCUUAUGUAUUAUAAGUAUUGAUUCUAACUUUGGUAUUCUUAUUUGUUUAUUGCUAUUUGUUGUAACUUUGGAACAGAAAUAUCAAUGACUACAAAGACUACGAUACAUCUAUUGUAAUAUAUUUUCUGUUAUUUUGUGCCUAUUUUUAUUUAUCUGCCCUUUAACUUAGAUAUGGAUAUAGAGAAUUGAAGGUUAGGAAUCAAUUUUUGUAUGUCUAUAAUUCACUUAGCUAUUAUUUUGCAUUAGUAUUAUACUCAAUUCCAUUUUUAUAUGAUUUAAAGGUAUUGAUGGAUUGGACCUGCUUAUAUACAUCACUUGAUAUCUACUAAUGGUUUAUCCUAGAGGAUAUUUAAAGAUAAAUGUUUUUCACUAAAAUUUCUUCACAAAAGGUAAUGAAAAGACAAUUAGGCCUAGAAAUAUCAAAGAUAAGCAAAUUAAUUUUCUUUUUCUUUGUUAUUUUCAUUUUAAUUUGUAUCUUAGGUCCUUUGAUUUUGUUUUCUGCCCUCAAUCCUGCUGCAUAGAACAACCCUAUUGUCAGUGGAAGUUUCACAAUUAAUUUAGUUAAUGUGGACACCAACUUAAACGUUUAAUUUUAUGAAUCCAGCCAAUUGUUUGGAUUAGAAUUACCUUUUUUAACUGAUUACUCUGAAAUCAAAGAACUGACCAAAUAAUAAAAAAUAACGCAAUAAUAAAUAGAUAAUUCAGGGGGAAUCUAAAGAUUUUAAUUAUCAGAUUUUUCAAAUUAGAAAUGGCAGGUCUCGCUUCCCCUUUAUAAUUAAUUGAUUAGAGAAUUGAAUCAAACCAUAACCCUGGAUGAAAAAUACCAUUUUUUGUUUAACGUGACUUUUACCUUUAGAAGACGUUUCUAAUUUAUCCUGCCUUCUAUGUAUAAAUUUUCAUAUCCUUAUAAUCCUCUAAUAAAUGGAGAAAAUGGGACAGUAGGAUUAGGAUUGGAUCAACUAAAAUACAUUAGGAAUGCCGCCAUGGCUUGUAAUACUUCAGGAGUCAUGUUACCCAAUUUCUACAUAGAGGCUCUGAGAAUUUACUAAAGUUCUGCAACAAAUUAUAACACUACACCUAUUUAUGGAAAGGAUAUUCCAACUGCAUAGGAUGUUUUCUUGAAUAUUAACUGUUCUUAUGGAAAUACAAAUCCUCUUCAAGGAGUUUCAAAUUGGGAAUUUCAGUAUGCUGGAAAUAGUAGCUUAUUUUUGAACUCAUCAAAUUUAACUUUGCCUGAUGGAUUAUUAUAUUUUGUAAUCUGUGAUAAUUACUCUGUCUUAACAUAUGGAUUAAGUGUUAUCACUAUUUACACAACAGUCAUUCUUCUAAUAGCUAAGUUCAUUAGAAGCACAUUCUCUUCGCAAGUAUUUAUGUUGGAGUUUACAUAAAUGGUUUAACCAGAUGAUCUAUUAUCAAUAUGUUAAGCUGUAUCUGUAGCCAGAUAGCUAUAAAACUAUAGAAAAGAAAAUUUGUUAUAUUUUGAGUUGAUUGAUAUUCUGCGAUCUCCAGAAUUAGUGAAAGCAAUGACAGGUGCUUGGUCAGAAAAGUUUGACUCCUAAUAGAACAACUAAAAAGAUGUUAAUGUCAAAGUCUUGUAAAAUUAGAAACAGCAUAAUGAAGAAUCUAAAUUAAAGUAAGACUGA